GGGAGCAGCCCGUGCGUUGGCGUGUGGCUGGCAGGCUCGGCUCCCUGUCUGCGGAAAGGCCCCCGUGUCCCUGCUGCAGUGCUGAGUCAGGCCCCGCUUUCUGUCUGGUCCCUGUUGUUUUGCUUUGGGUUGAAGUUCUGGCUCUACAUGUGGGGUGGGCAGCAUGGUGUGUGGGGGUUGAUAACUGAGGUACGCAGCAGGCUUGUGGGUAUAGCCUGUUAUUCCUGCCAUCCUACUGUGCGUGUUUGGCUUGACUCCGUCAUGCUUUAUAUUCUGCACCCCAAAAGGGGUGAUAAGGAACCAUUAGCAAAAUCAUGCAGUACUGUAGACAAAACAAAUAACUCCAGUACUUGCCUUAAUUCAGUAGGUCAGCUCCAGCAGAAUAGCGUCCCAGGGCAUCAUUUGUGGGACUGGGUGGAAGGAUUAAUAAAACAAGAUAAAUGUUAUCUAUUUCUGCAUGCGUAUUUUGCCUUGGCAGUCUAGAGCCCAUGAUUCCCUGGCUUGUUUACUAAGGAGGACAGCAAUAGUGCUCACUAAUACUAUUAUGUUGUGAAGUUGUAAAUGGGGUUCUCACUAGGUGGAUAGGGCCUGAUGUAAAGGCCAUGGAAAUCAAUAGAUUCCCAUUGAAAUCAGUGGGUUUUGGACGAGAGACUUAUUAAAGGGUGAGGAGUGUCUGUCGAGAUGCUCAGCGAGGGCGGUGACUUGAUUUGUGAUUUUGAUACUGAUGUCGCAAUGAGCUACGCAUGAACAAAUCCCAGAGCUCAUUCCAACAUUGGGACCUAAACAUCUCUGCGGUUGAGUAUUACCACCUGUAAAGCUGGGAAUAAUAUCUCACAGGGGCCUUGCGACAUUUAUUUAACAUUAAUAUUUGCAGGACAGUUUGAGAUCCUUGGAUGAAAUGAGCCAUGUCCAUGAAAAUUAUUAUUUUUAAGUUUAAAAAAAUAUUUUAAAUUAAAAGUCCAAUGAAACAGACUCUUUUCAUGAAUGGACGCCAAACUCUUUACAAAAGAUGUAGCUAGCUGAUUCAGAAGAGGCAUUGUUAAGCUUAUUUGACCAGUGCAAACGGGAGUUGUUCUAGAUACAUUCUAAUAGACAAUAGUAACAAUCUAGUGAAAAUAGACCAUUGCAAAUUAGACACUAACCUAACAAGUACUGCCUCAAAUGCAUAAAAGGUUUUUGAUCAGGUGGCAUCUGAUUUCAAAGCGACACUGCACAGAUGAAAUGUGGAGAAUAAUUUUUAUUUUAUAUGUGAAAUUGUGUAGCCUGGAGAGUAUAGCUGUUAGUCUUUUUUAUUUUGUGGAGACCGCCUAAUUAGAGUGCAGCCUGUAGCAUAAGAAGGAUGUUCUAGUAGGUUGGGAGAUAGCCCAUGUCUGCCAAAUUCUAGUCUGUGUUCCUGGCUCUGCCAGUGAUCUGCUGUAUAAACUUGAGUAAACCACUUAAUCCACUCCACGCCUCAAUUUCUCCAUCUGUAACAUAAGGAUAAUACUUCCCUACUUCUCAGGGUUGUUGUGAGGUUUAAAUCCAUUAAUGAUUGUGACACACUCAGAUGUGGUGGUGGUGUAUAAGGAGAGAGAGAGAGAUUUUAAUACAGCCAUGCUUGCACUUCAGAUUCAGAAUUUCUGGAACCCAUUUUUCAAAGGAAGCAGCAGUUUGGGACUGUAGUGGAAACCACAUUAUGUGGAUGGAUAGAUAGUAACAAUCCAAUCUGUUUUAUAUAUUUGGGGAAAUUUUGUGUUGGCACUAUUUUCCAAGAAAAAGUGAAUAGAAAUUGUUUUCAAUUUUUUCCCUUCCAUUUGUUUAACAAGACCUACCUUAUACAUCUUAGGUUUUUCUACAGCAUCCAGCACUGUACUCAUCUUCUAGAUGCUUUUUUGUCAUCAGACCUCUUAAUUGCUGCAUUGUUCACUGUAGCUGUGACCCUUCAUUCUCCAGGCCUGAGAUCCUUUGCUCUACCCUUUCUGCUCAUUGAACAUCCUGGUGUCUCCAUCCUUACCUUUCUCAUGUGCUGGGGACGGGGUGGCUCUGGAACUUGGUUGGGGCUGCUGCUGUACUAUCGGAAAAAGCUCAGGUUAUCCCUUGCAUGCCAUGGGGCAAGGAGGUUGGCUGGCUGAUCCAUGUGGGCUACAGAACCAUGUUCCAUGGAUGGAGCCUAUUUCUUGUCUCAGUUGAGUAUUAGAUUGACUCCAGGACAUCAGGAUUGGUGCUCUGCUCAUUGGUGCGUUUGCACUAGAUGGAGUCCUGUACGUGGAGGUUGGAUGGCUCAAGUGAUUAGAAAUGUGACAUAGAGAUGGUCAGUGAUUCUGGUGCUGGUUCAGAGAUGUAGAGAGAAAUGAGUGGCAUAGCUUUUCCUCUCUAGGGUGCAAUUUACAGAUUGGGGCAUGGCUGGUCUUGUGGCUAAAACGCUGGACUGGAACACAAGUGAUCUGGGUUCAGUUACUGGUUUUGCCAUAGGUUUCCUGUGUGACCUUACACAAGUUAACCUCUCUGUGUCUCACUUUCCCAUUUGUAAAAUGGGAAAAAUACUUCCUGCCUCGUACCCUUUAUCUGUCUUGGCAAUUUAGAUUGUAAGUUCUUUGGGGCAGAGUACUGUCUCUUCCUGCAUGAAUGUGUAUAGCACCUCCCACAAUCAGGCCCUUUAGGCAGUACUGUAAUACAAAAUAAUUCAUGAUGAGUUUUCCUGUUAUCUCCUCUAAGAUGAGGGAGGUAGGAUGCACCAGGUUCAGUCUUUUAAUUAUUGUAUUAAAAACUCAGAGCAGCUUCUUGUAUUUCCUCUGUAUUACUUACUGCUACAUUAUCAUCCGUAUAGGCCUGUGCUCCAGUUUACCUUUAAUAGCCUUGAUGUGCUCCUGGGACGGUUUCUCUUGCUGACUGCCUGAUUUUCUCAUCUUUUGCAGCCUGUGGUCCACAGAUAUUAUUAAGUGAAAAAAAACAUUGAAAAUGUCUCAGGAUCCUGAUAUUCCACAUACAAGUGAAGAAAAAUCAAGUGAUUCAGAGGAUAUCCAAGAGGACAGCUUGAACAACCCAGAUCAAUCUAUGAGAGAAAGGAUACGACAAAGUACCUCAAGUCCACACAGAUGCAACAGAGCUCAAUCUAGUCCCCCUCGGCUUGUGUCGAUGAAAGAGCUGAUGGAAACAGCAAAAGGAGUUUCCAAUAUGGCGUUAGCACAUGAAAUUGUAGUCAAUGGAGGCUUCCAGAUUAAACCAGCUGAAUUACCAGAAGGCAGCCUGGAGAAAACUGUAAAGGAGAUUGUACAUAAAGCUUUUUGGGACUGUCUGGAAGCCCAGUUAAGCGAAGAUCCACCAACAUAUGAUCAGUCAAUUAAACUUGUGGGGGAGAUUAAAGAGACUCUUCUAUCUUUCUUAUUGCCUGGUCAUACUAGAUUAAGAAAUCAGAUUACUGAAGUUCUGGAUCUGGAGUUGAUAAAGCAGGAGGCAGUGAACGGGGCCCUGGAUAUUUCUAAGCUGGCAGAAUUCAUCAUCGGAAUGAUGGGGACCCUUUGUGCUCCAGUUAGAGAUGAGGAAAUUAAGAAACUGAAAGACAUUCAUGAAAUAGUCCCACUAUUCAGAGCAAUUUUCUAUGUAUUAGACUUGAUGAAAAUGGACAUGGCUAACUUUGCUGUCAGUAGCAUUAGGCCGCAUUUAAUGCAACAAUCUGUUGAAUACGAAAGAGAGAAGUUUCAGAAGAUUUUUGAGAAACAGCCAAAUUCUCUAGACUUUGUCACCGACUGGCUGCAAGAAGCAUCAGAUGAUCUUGCCAAUUUGAAGUGUAAAAAUCCACCUUCCCCUGGUGUUGGUGCUGCUGCUAGUGGAGUUCCUGUAUUGUGUCCUGCUGCUGUGCAGAAUUGGGCAUAUCUAAAGCUGCUUAAGUGGGAUCAUGUGCACAGGCCUUUCCCAGAAACAUUGUUAAUGGACCACACCCGCUUUCAGGAAAUGCAGCUGGAGCUGGAACAGCUCACCUUGACUGGUGCUAUCCUCCUGGUCAUGUUCAAUGUAGUAGGUGCAGCGCUUUCCAAUCUGCCAGGGUUUGCUGACAAAAUCAAAACCAUUAUAAAGGUGUUGUUGACAGGAAUGCACCUUCCAUCCUUUAACCUGAGUGAAUCUUUGGCUACUGUUGGUGAGAAGGUCUGUGCUGAAGUUAAUAGCUGUCUUUCCCAACAUGGAUUCACGCCAUUCACAAUUGAGAAAGAGAUUGCGCUUAAAGGACAGAUCCAGACAUUGGGAAACUCUGACAACACCAUAUGCAAGUUGAUAGAUUCUCGAAUCCAGACAUUUUUGGAGAGCUAUCUGACUUCUGGUCAUCAGAAAUCGUUUCCUGCUAUUCCUGGGGGAUUAGGCCCUAUUCAAAGAGAGAUGGAAGAAAUUGCUGUCAAGUAUGUUCGCCUUGUCAACUAUAACAAGAUGGUGUUCAGCCCGUACUAUGAUGUGAUCCUCAGCAAACUACUGAAUAAGGAAGAAUCCCAAUUGUUAGGGUAGUCAGAAGAAUCAUCAUACCAGUUUGUAUGCUAUCUAGAUAGUGUUAAUUUUGUCUGCUAAAAAAAAUUGCAAUUAACUUGGCUUUGGAAAAUGGCAUUCCAUUAAAACAUAGUUUUAUUACUGUAACUCAAUAGCACUGAUUCUGAAGGGGAAAAUUAUGUACAAGUUGGGAUAGGCGCUUUUAAUUAAAUGGUAAAUAGAUGCAAUUUUAGCAUAACAAAUUAUGUUUGUUAAUUUUAUGGCUGUAGUUUUUGCUACUGAGCAGAUGUUAGAUAAGACUAAACAAUUGUACAACCAGACUGCAUUUUUAAAUUGCGGAUUUUGUGGGAGGCUUUUUGUAGCAUUCUAACUCUCCAAUUUACCAUGAAGUUAGUGUAUGCGUUCAUCUAGCGAAGAUUAGCAAAGGUCUCUUCCAUACUGAGUGAUUUGGCCUUCUGAAAUCCUAGUUUUAACAACUGAAGAAAUAAUUUUAAAUUUGAGAUGUAAGAAACUUGAGUAAUGGUGGUUAAGAGCAGGCCCAAACAUAGCACUUUAUUGUAAUAGUAUAAGGCUCCUAGUCUUUCUGCUAAUCACAUUUUUCUAUAGCAAUUUUUGCUCUCUAUCUGCAAAUAAGUUACCAAAAACCUGAUAUAAUUAUAUUUUGUAGUGAACUUUCUGGUUAUCAAAUAACUGUCUUCUACUAUGUACAGUGUUACAAGGGUGACCGUCUAUAAGAUUGCAGCUGUAUUUAUCUCUUUGUAAAACUUUCAGGUGGGCCAAGAGAAAAAUGUUUUGAUAAGAGUGGUAUUUCUUGCCUUUCUUUUGCUGGUAGUUGACUCCUUUUUAUGUGAAAUACCAAUUUAAAAAAGUAAACAUUUUAACAUUUUCAGAAGAUGGAUAAAGACUUAUGCAUUGAAUUUCAGGCUUGAGGAAAUUUCCUUUUUUUUUUUUUCUAAGACUGUGUAACUUAUCAGACAAUUGUAUAUGCUCGUAGUUUCAGAAAUAUCACUGAAAUUGAAACAUACCAAUAAUUUCUUAAUAUUUUAAACAGUGACUUUAAAAGGUAUAGUAGGAAAUGAACUAUUUAAAGUUCAUUUGAAGUCAUGGGAAAAUAUUAUUUAGUGUUUUAGAUGCUUUUUCACUUUUUACAGAUGUUAUUGAACUCAAAGUAUUUUAGAUUCUUGAGAAGAUAACUAGCAAGAUGUUCUCUAAAUGCACUCUGAAGGAUUUCUGAUCUUAAUAAUUCAUAAAAUAUGGAAAUUUAAACUUUUCUUGGAAGUAAAUAUAAGGUUUAGGACAGUUAAAAGCAAAAUUGAAACUUUCUUCAGCUGAUAGAGCCUAUCAGGUUUUGAGUAAGAAAUGGUUGCCAAAGUUCUUAGCAUCUCAGGUAAUAUAAGGUGAAGUGAGCUCAUGUUAAUAAAUGAUAGGCUGGUACCUUGUCCUAAGAGUUCUGGGGCGGGGGGAUGCUAUGACAAAAAUAGAAUAUUUAUUGUAUUCUAAAAUGAAGAAUUUAAAAGAGGGCCUCUUUUUUGACACUAUUGAUUAAUAAAAUAAUAGACUAGUUGACUAGUCAGUCACAUUCAACAGAACAGGGGUAAGAAGGGAGGUACCCUGGAGUACUUAUUCUAAUACUUACACUUCCCUUUGCAUUUUGAAAUUUCAUUAGUUCCUAGGGCUAGAACUGAGAUCGGAUGUACGGCUCUAACAGUUUUCUGCUCUAUGGGGAAGAUGGAAUAAAAUAACAAUAGCUUUACUUGCUUGAUGUAUCACCACAUUAGCGAAUUAAAUUAAUCUCAAACUUUGGUUGCACAAUGUGAAACAAAGCUUACCUCAUUUUUAUGAUUACAAAACUAACGACAAUAUUAGGAAACCAUUUUCUUUGUUGGAUGGUUCUUUUGGCUGAACUGCUGAAAAUAUAUAUUUGAACAUUCUUUAGUAAAUUGAAAAUAAGUAGCUUAAGCUCAAAAGUUUAUCUAGCACUAUUUUUUUUUGUACUGUCCAUGUUCUAUUCUACUCUUGGUCUCACUGGUGCACCUCAAUCCCUUUGUUCUCUGCCUGUGGCACAUAAUAGUCUAGUCUUCUAUGGGUUGUAAUACUUUGGCCUAAUUUCAGUUGGGUUUAGUGUGCAGGUGCUGGGUGGUACUGGUGGCCUGUGAUACACAAGAGUUCAGACUAGAUGACUCUGACCUUUAAACGCUAUACUUUUCAUAGAUAGAAGUUACUGAGGGCUAUUAGAGAGAUACAUUUCUUGCUCUUGUCCUCAAGCAUUGGUGGUACACUUCUCCAUACCUAUGUGUAGCGUCAGUGUGAUCUUAACUCUCUUGUGUAUUCGCAGUGGAUGCUUCAAACCUAUUACAACAGAUGGUGCUCUUGAAUUGCAAUGGCCCAAAUGCUGCUGCAGCUCCAAAGCUAUGUUUUGGUUUUCACCUCAACAAUUCCUGAGAGAGAUGAAGGUUAGAAAACAGAAAACAAACUACUCUGCUUGUGAUAUUCUUGUUUAUGAGAUCUAAGUGUACCGGUUCUAAAUUGCUGGGGAAAAGGACAUAAUGCGCAAAGUGAUCAGUACAUCUUUCUAGUACCACUACAUCCAUUUUUGUUAUGAUGCGAGGGCAGUGGUAUGGGAUAGGGAGGAGGGACAUAGAGACAUAGCUGAACUGUUUUUUGUUUUGUUUUUUUAAUGGAAUUUAUCAUUUUCACACUCCUCUGUACAUUCUGGUUCUUAGGCCAUUGGCACAGUUCCUAGUGUAAUUUCUAGCCCAGUUUUGUAGAUUCAAGUUGUUAAGUGAAAGCUCCCAAACUUCUGACUACUGUACCCUGAAACCUUUUGAGUGAUUAUUUCAAGGUAGAAACAAGACCAAGACUGAUGCCAAAAUGAGAAGUAGGAGUCAUGAGCUGAUAGCCUUAAUCCUCAAUUUCACAUCCUAACAUUUUCAAACCUGGGUCGUGUGCUCAGCCCUCCUGAAAAUAAAACUACUUAAAUCAGAUGUUUAAAUAUGGAGUUAACCACCCAGGUCUGAAAAUCUUUGGAGUAGAUGUCUAAGUGAGGAAUAAGCACACCAGUAGCAGAUGAGUGGUGACUGACACAACUUGCUCUCAGCCCGAUAUGGCUUUUGUGGGUGAGUUUUCUUAUUUAUGUUGUGCUAUAGAAGUGUUUGGGAAAUCCUGCACAGAGUUCUAGGCUUAGACUUUAGUACCUCCAGUGGUUCCCCUACCAGCUUUGUUUAAAAAUACACUGCAUCUGUUUUGGUUUUCUUACUACAUUUAUCACUGAUCGCUUACAAACCAACCUACAAGCUUAAUGCUAAACUGAGCAUACUGAAACAGCAGAGCAUUCAUUGAGUAAAUGCUGUGAUAAGUACAGUGUCAGGAUGGGUGAUUCACUGUAUGGAUAAGCAAUGGUCAAAUACUGAAUUGUCAGAUAAAUGUAUACUUGCUUAAUGUAGGAGAUCAUUAGACAAAGCUGCAAAGUCCAGAUGUCCAUGAGUGCCAGCUCCUGCUUACUGUUCUCACACACACCUGUGCAUGUUGCUCAUGUGGUCAGUACAGCAAGUCCCGUCUUUCUUAAUAUUGUGUUUUGUUCCUAAAGCUUUAUUAACUUUACACUU